GUUAUAUUCAGUUGUUCCGCCAGUAAUUUGUUGCGAGAUGUAAAAGGUCACUUUCUUUUGUAUGUGGCAAUAAUAGUUUCAACAUGAUCGACAUUAACUAGGUAUGUUUUCACUGAGACAGACAGAUACCCGGCGAUCUAACAGCCUACUGUGGAUUGCCUAUUGGCUUGGCGAGAUUACUUUGCAUACCUAUAUACAAUGCCAGUGUUCGGAUAUCUACACUAGCCUAUCGUUGUAUACCUACAUAACCUGGAAAUCUAUGGUGGGUUGCUCAAACACUACCUUGUGCCGUGUUAUACUAUCGUUCACCCUGCUCCAAUGGAUCCGUAUCACUUAGCUCCCGAGGGACAUUACCUGCGAGAUCGCGAGGACUCAAAAGGGCAUGAUACAACGUCCUCGAGUCUCGAUGAGGGCAUGGACGACCAUGCACCCGCGUGGACAACGAUGAAUCCGGCUAAAGAGACUUCGCGUACUCCCCACAAGCUCGUGCUGUGUUUCGACGGCACGGGCAAUAAGUUUCAUGGCGACGACAGUGAUAGCAAUAUCUUGAAGAUAUUCAGAUGUUUGGAUCGAGAAACGGGUGGCCAGUAUCACUACUACCAGCCAGGAAUAGGGACGUAUAUCGUGUCCAACUCGCUGUCGCACACAAGUCUAAGUGCUAGAAUUCAAUCCUGGUACUUGAAGGCCAAAGAUUCCGCCAUCGGGUCGAACUUCGACCACCAUGUAGUAGGCGGAUAUCGAUUCCUCAUGCGUUUCUAUCAGCCAGGCGACGAGAUCUACUUCUUCGGUUUCUCUCGGGGAGCCUAUGUGGCCCGUUUCCUUGCGGAGAUGCUUGACUAUAUCGGUCUGCUUUCGCACGGAAAUGAAGAGAUGGUAGCCUUUGCCUGGAAAGCAUUUUCCCAGUGGCAGAGUCGCCAGUCUGGUCAUACUGAGGAACACAAGGCGAAGAGGCGGGAGAUGUAUCAUUUCAUGAAAGGAUUCCGGGAGACAUUUAGUCGUCCUGUGAAUAGAAUCCGAUUUUUGGGACUCUUCGAUACUGUUAACUCCGUUCCUCGCUUUGAGACAGCGUGGAUGCAAAGAUCGAAAAUGCCGUACACUGCGAGAAGCAGUGCCAAAGUCAUUCGGCAUUGCGUGUCCAUAGACGAACGUCGUGCGAAGUUUAGGCAAGAUCUUAUAUACCAAAGGGUUAACAAAGGCCACAAAGGUUACCGUCCCCUUCACGAAAUGAUGCACGAGAAGUAUCGCGCAAGGCGAGGCGCUAUAUCCGGAUUGACGUCAGCCAGCAAAUCAGAACGAGGACGACGACAAGAGACCCUAACACCCCUUGAUGAGCAUGCAUUCCGGCCGCAUUCUCGUUCCAGGUCAAGGGCGACCAGAAGCUCCGUUGACAAGAGGAGCCAAACCGGUGAAGCUAAGCCGGAAUCCGCCCAAAUGGCAGACGUUGACAAUGAUUCGGAUGAUGAUGAACAGGAUAUCGAUGAAAUUUGGUUUGCCGGCGGCCACGGUGAUGUUGGAGGUGGGUGGGAGAUCACGCCAGAUACUAAGCCAGCAAGCCAUGUGCCCCUUACUUAUAUGAUCAGAGAGGCCCAACGAGCCGGCCUCAAUUUCGAUGCUCAAAAACUGAUCGAGAUGGGCGUUACUGAACUUUCUGAAGAAUCUAACACCAAUACCCAUAUUGACGGACCCGUUCCUGAUAUUCGCAUUGACAAGUCAAGUCCAACAGGCCAAGAUUCUCCUUUCUUCGGUCAGCCUACGCAUUGGGAUCAUUCCAAUUUCACGGGCGAAGAUGAGAAGCAAGAACACGAUUUCCGACCCUUCCAUCAAAUGCUGCAUAAAGCGCACUUGUCUAGAAUUCACGACUCGCUAGAGUUUGGCUCCGGUCUUAGCAGAGGCCAGGUAAUCAGCUGGAAGAUUAUGGAAUACAUGCCAUUCCGACGGAUGGACCUACAGCCGGACGGAUCGUGGAAGCCAAUCCGUUGGCCUUUACCGUGCGGUGAAGUACGUGAUAUUCCAGACACUGCUAGGAUACAUGGCUCGGUGAUCCGACGUAUGAAUCGGGACCAGUCAUACCGUCCCGGUAAUCUUAUUGUCGGCGGCGGCGGCCGUGGACUUCGUAUAGCCUCUGAAUCCUAUGGCAUCGGUAAAUGGAAAUGCGUGCAAGAUCACGGGGAUCCCGUUGGUGAGGUAUGGGUUAGAGACAGCUCUAGUCCUACCAAUGCAUGAAUAGGACCAGAUUCAUUUAUGAUUUAAUAAUAAGGCGGUCGAAUAAUGCAUGGGCCUCUUCUUCCAAUAUAAUUAUCACUUACCUUUGCGGCGACCUACCAUCCUAUCUAGAUCAGCUCUUACACUGCGGACACAAUAAGAUAUAACAUAUACAAUAUACACAACGCCAACUACUUUAUAAACUAUACCUGCCAUGAUGCAUAGGAUUUAUCCAGACCAUCCAGCUAAAGCCGUCUAGUUACGUUGAGCACAGCGUGUGUAUCGAGGUUACGCUGUAGGAUUCCAUGUUACCCUACAAUAGGUACAUAAUCGAGAACGUAUCGAGUUAGAAUCCAUGAAUUCAGCAAGGAUACAGAUGACACGACAUGUCAAUCGACCAUCCAGGAAGCGUGAACGGAUG